UCAGAGACAUCCUCCUACACCUUCACUGAAAUCUCACCUCCUGACACCAUGUGUUGCAACUACUACGGAAACUCCUCUGGGGGCUGUGGGUACAGCUCUGGCUGGGGUUCUGGCUGUGGCUCUGGCUAUGGCUGCGGGUAUGGCUCUGGCUGUGGCUAUGGCUGCGGCUAUGGCUCUGGCUAUGGAGCCGGCUGUGGCUAUGGCUGUGGAUACAGCUCUGGCUGUGGCUAUGGCUGUGGCUAUGGCUCUGGAUAUGGAACAGGCUGUGACUAUGGCUCUGGCUGUGGAUAUGGCUGUGGAUACAGCUCUGGCUGCUGUGGCUACCGACCAUUUUGCUACAGAAGAUGCGAUUCCUCUUGCUGCUAAUCAUCACUACAGAUCAUCCUUACCUUUGCAGUGACCAUUCCAAGAGCAAAUUCAGUUUAAAAUUUCCCUAACCACUAUCUUCACAUCUAAGUAAAGAUUGACUGUGGUCCAUUGACCAUCUGAAUGCAUAUAAGAGAAGCUGUUUGCAGUGGAUGGAGACUGAGUAGUUACAUCACAUCACUGAAGAGAGGAGAUCUAUUCUGAUUAAUUUUCAAA